GAAGCGCCGCGUAACUAGCGCUGUUAGCAUUCAUUAAUUAGCGUUCACUUCCAAUUACAGCGUCACUCAAUUGAUGGGCGUGAUAAAUUGGUGAUGGGGGGCAGCUGAGAGCUGCUGAACAGCAUUAGCACGUUUGGCUGAAUAAUUGAGUGUGGAACUCUACAGUACUGUUUGACACAGUGCGCUGAAAUCUGACUUACAGUGGCAGCCCUUUAAAAUGACCAACGAUGGGACGAAAAAGAAAGGAAAAUCCCCAAGAGACAAAAAAACGUCUAAAAGAAAAGGCAAGAGGAGGGAAACGUACGCUGUGUACAUUUAUAAAGUUUUGAAGCAGGUCCACCCAGACACUGGCAUCUCCAGCAGGGCCAUGAGCAUCAUGAACUCCUUCGUUAAUGAUGUGUUCGACCGCAUUGCCACCGAGGCCUCGAGACUGACCCAGUACAACAAGCGCUCGACCAUCACUAGCCGUGAGGUGCAGACCGCCGUCCGGCUUCUGCUGCCCGGGGAGCUGGCCAAGCAUGCAGUGUCUGAGGGGACCAAGGCAGUCACCAAGUACACCAGCUCUAAGUGAUCGGGCAUAAAGGCAGCCGAUUCAAAUGCAAAAGCUUGUUUGUUGGCUGCUAGGAGUUUUUGCAAUAAAAGCACAGAAUGCUU